CGGGUGGAACCAUACUCCGCUAGUGCGGGGGGGAGAACUGGGAAAAUGUGCCUCCGGAGGCUGGCAGAAAGUACGUGCGUGCCUUUACGGAGCCUCUCUUUUAUUAGAACAGCGUUUAAGUCGGAGAAAACUCGGGGGUUUUGUUACUGGGUUAAAAAAAGCCCUGUCCGGACUGGCAGCCCAUCGCUUCCCCCCCGGUGGUCACUGGUAUAUCCAAGAUGGAGGCGGCAGGUCGCGGGUGCUGACGCCCGGCCCGCGUGAGAGCGAGCGGCACGGGGGUGGCGGCAGCGGCCCCGGCGGCUCCCCCCGCCGGCGGGCAGUCCCCGCGCCAUGCCUCACAAGAAAAAGAAACCAUUCAUAGAGAAGAAGAAAGCAGUAACAUUUCACUUAGUGCACAGAAGUCAGAGGGAUCCACUUGCUGCUGAUGAUACUGCACCCCAGAGAGUUCUGCUGCCUACACAGAAAGGGCAUGAGGAACAAAGGAGGGAAGAGCAGCGGAAGUAUGGAGUCUUCUUUGAUGAUGACUAUGACUAUUUGCAGCAUCUAAAAGAAGCCUCUGGCCCCUCUGAGCUUGUCCCUUCUGUGCAUGGACAGCAAAGCAGAAUUGUUGUCACAAGUAAGGGGCACAUAGAAGAUGAAAUACAGCGAGUUUCAGCUCCAUCUAUUAAGUUGCCUUCCUCAGUAUUUGCCACAGAGUUUGAAGAGGAUGUGGGGUUGUUAAAUAAAGCUGUUCCUGUUUCAGGACCACGGCUGGAUUUUGACCCUGAUAUUGUUGCAGCUCUUGAUGAUGAUUUUGACUUUGACAAUCCGGAAAAUAUCCUGGAAGAUGAUUUUGUUCUACAAGCAAAUGAACUACAGAAGGGGGGAUCAGGUGCUGAGGAUGAAGAUGAAUGGGAAGAUAUGGAGGAUGAUAGUGAUGGAAAGGGUAGUUAUAGUAAUGAUAAAGACUAUGAUUCAGAAGGUCCUUUAUCAGAUGAUGGGAUUAAUGAACAGACAAAAGAAUUCCUUUUUAUGCAAGAAGAAACCAGGAGUCGUUUCACAGAAUAUUCUAUGACAUCUUCAGUAAUGAGAAGGAAUGAGCAGUUAACCCUGUUGGAUGACAGAUUUGAGAAGUUUUUUGAACAAUUUGAUGAAGAUGAAAUUGGAGCCUUGGAUAAUGUGGAGUUAGAAGGCUAUAUUAACACAGACAAUACUCGGUUGCAGGAAGUCCUGAAUGAUUACUACAAAGAGAAAGCAAAGAAUUGUGUGAAAUUGGAUGCUCUUGAGCCCUGUGAAGAUUUGGACUCUGCUAUGAAUGAAGAAAGUGAGGAAGAAAAGGAGGAAAUAGUAGCUGUAGUUAUCGAGGAACCAAAAGAAAAGUGGGAUUGUGAAUCCAUUUUGAGUACAUAUUCAAACUUAUAUAACCAUCCAACACUUAUUAAGGAGCCAUCAAAGCCCAAACCAAUAAAAAUAUCCCAGAAGACAGGAAUUCCUCUACAUAUCUUGCCUCAGAAGAAUCUUACUGCUAAGCAGAUUGAACGCAUGCAAAUGAUUAAUAGUAGUGACCUGCCAAGAGCAUCAACACAGCCCCGUUCCAAAGACGAGAGCAAAGAGGAUCGCAAAGCUAGAAAACAGGCAAUAAAAGAGGAGCGGAAGGAACGCAGAAUGGAGAAGAAAGCCAACAAGCUAGCCUUCAAGUUGGAGAAAACAAGGCAAGAGAGAGAGUUGCUAAAUCUGAAACAAAAUGUUCAAGGAUUGAAGCUGUCUUGAUGAAACUGAGGAACUUACUGUGGAAACAUCUUUUAAGUUUUCGUUUGUAUUGAGAAGGGAACUGCAAACUCAAGGCUUUGCCAGUCACUCUCGAGGGGUUUGUUAUUCAGAUACGACUGUAGCAAGAACCAGUAACUUGUCAUUCUUUCUGAAAUGAAGUCAAACAUAAAGUGGUGUAUUAGUGAUGUCUGUUCUGUCAUGAGUGACACGGCAACUGUUGCAAAGUUUCAUUACAGUAGAAAUGUAUUAAAAUGAUAAGUAUUUUUCUUACAAGCUAUCAGUGGACAAAGUUUUAUAUGUAUAUUGUUGAAUGUAUUUGACAAAUCGGCAGAAUCCUACAGAUUUGAUCUGAUUAGAUUCUAUUAAACUAUUUCAGUUUACAAAGCAAUA